UGGAGUGUACUGUCGAAAGCUGCAUGUGUCUUCGCUAAGAUCGUUAUUAUUAUUUUAUUUGUUGUUACAUUUUGUCAAAAUUCAACGAUGGCUGAGGAUCCGAGUACAUCCCUAGAAGCAGUCGAUAUCGUGAUCAUUGUUCUCCAUUUCGUCAUCGUUUUCUCCGUCGGAUUGUUUGUAUCAUGGCGCUCAGGCAACAAGAACACGACCAGUGGGUACUUUUUAGCAGGGAGAGAUAUGUCAUGGUGGCUGGUUGGUUUAUCGUUGUACGUGAGUAACAUUGGUAGCAGUUCAUUUAUUGGUUUGGCUAGUUCAGCAGCAGCAUCGGGGUAUGCCGUCAUAGCAUAUGAGUUUCAUGGUAUAUUUUGUCUCCUUCUGUUGGGAUUUGUGUUUGUACCUGUCUACUUUUCAUCUGGGAUCACCACGGUACCAGAAUAUUUAAAGAAACGAUUUGGAGGAGAGCGACUUCAAGUUGGCAUCUCAGUGAUCAAUCUCUUCCUACUUGUUUUAGCAUCGCUUUCGGCUGAGAUGUAUGCAGGUUCAAUCAUCAUCAGAGAAGCAUUAGGAUGGAAUAUUUAUCUCUCAACCAUCGUCCUUCUUGCAUUGACCGCUAUCUAUACAGUAGCAGGUGGAUUAAAGGCUGUCAUCGUCACCGAUGCGCUCCAAACGGUUGUUAUGGUUACCGGUGCAUUUAUUCUUAUGGGUAUUGCCAUCAAUGAAAUCGGUGGAUUAGAUAACCUUCGACUCGACUACAUGACCGCAAUCCCAAACACCACAGCUAAAUAUGGAAACACGUCAUGUGGUAUCCCUACUAGUGAUGCCUUUCAUAUCUUUAGAGAUGCUAGUGCAUCCAACCCCAACGAUCUCCCGUGGCCUGGAGUGCUUAUGGGUAUCUUUCUGCUCUCUGCGUGGUACUUCUGCACAAACCAGGUGAUCGUUCAGAGAACCUUAGCUUCUACUAACCUAUCUCAUGCCAAGGCUGGUUGUAUCUUAGCAGGAUUCUGUAAAAUCUUACCUUUCUUUCUCAUGAUCAUACCCGGUAUGAUCAGCCGAGCUCUUUGGCCGGAUGAGGUUGGAUGUGUAGACCCUGAUGUGUGUGAGGAGAUAUGUGGUAAUCCCAAUGGAUGCUCAAACAUCGCCUACCCUCGGCUGCUUGUCUAUCUCAUGCCAGCUGGUCUAAAGGGUCUAAUGCUUGCUGCUAUGUUAGCUGCUCUGAUGAGUUCAUUGACCUCUAUAUUUAACAGUGCAAGUUCUAUGUUUGUGAUUGAUAUUUGGCUUAAGAUCAGACCUUCAUCAACCGAGCUUGAACUUGUCAUUGCUGGAAAAUUCUGUACCUUAAUCCUGGUAGUGGUCAGUGUACUUUGGCUCCCAGUCAUUGAAGCGUUUGGUUCAGGGGAACUCUUCGUUUAUAUCCAGUCUAUCUCAUCAUACUUCUCACCAACCAUGUUUGCUCUCUAUACGUCCGCCAUCCUAUCCGAGAGAAUCAAUGAACCAGGAGCUUUCUACGGAUUGAUAUGUGGUUUUAUCAUUGGAUUGAGUCGAGCUAUUUGUGACGUCAUCUUUGGUGUUCCCGGGUGCGGACAAGUGGACGACCGACCCGCUAUCGUAAAGAACUUUCAUUACCUUCACUUUGCUUGUUUCCUCUACGCUGCUGCACUCUUCUUCACCAUAGCAAUCAGCCUCAUCACCCAACCUAUAGAAUCUUCGAAGUUAAUACGUCUCACGUGGUGGACGAAAGGUAAUCAGUUACCAAGGAAACCGAUGUCUGAGGAAGAAGAGAAGAAAGAUAUAGAGAACGAAGCCAUCAAAGCUGAGAAGAUGAAGGAAUUAGCUCAAAAGGCGGCAGCUAGGACGAGCUUCCUGGGUAAAUCUUGGAAUUUCUUAUGCAACAUCGACACAACUAUCGAUGAAAAACCACCGUUGUCGGAGAAAGAAAAGAUGGAGUUGGACAAAAAACUGACAUCGAUCGAAGAAAAUCCUCUAGUGAAGAAGAUUGUGGCCUGGAACGGGGUUUUGUUGUUCGGUGUUGGUGUGUUCUUAUUUGCAUUCUAUGGGUGAUGCUUUGGCAGCUAGAUCAGAAUUCAGAAGGACUUAGUAAUGUGGACCAUAAUGUGGCAUGAUCGGUCGUAAUCAGAAAUAAACUCUAUCAUAAGCCACCCCAACGUUUGUUAAUAGCAGGACCCAUGAGAGUGUCAUAUCAGAAAGUGAUAAUGUGCCUUUAUGUCCAGCGCUAAAGAUCUAGGCCAUUUUCGAACAAAGAAACUAAAUAAUGUUUGAAAUAUUGAAACUGUUUUCUAGCAGUUUGGGUCAUACUGCUGAGAUGUGCUGCUUAAAAUGAUUGAUUUGUUUUGUGAUCUGGGUCCACCAAGUCAGAAGGAGGGGAGGGGAAGGGAGAAUUAGAAAAUGAAAGCAAAUUCAACUGCACACUCAACGCCACUGAAUGAUACGGAUGGAGUUAUUUCAAAGAGAGGACAAAAAGAGAUUUUCUAAUACGCUCGACUGUAAUCGAGUGUGCGCAUUGGCCAAAUAUAAUAAACACUGCAAUGUUGAAAAUACAAUAAUAGUUAACAUAAUAGUAUGGGACAGUAAAGAACAAUGGGGUAGAAAAUUAAACCAAACCCAUAUCAAAGUAGGUUUGUGCUUGUUUCUGUAUUCUCUUUCUUAUACACGUAACGGGAUGGUAACGCGUGAAAAUAAUUCGUCAAUUUCGUCACCCUCCAGUUGUGCCGAUUUAGAUGGCGUCCUACUAAUAAACUUAAAUCACAUGACAAAUUAAAGCCACAAGCAUGAGAGGAGGAAAGGGCAAUGAAAAUAUUUUGGACUACAGCAGAAAGGCUCAGGGAUGAUAGUGAGCA